CUUGUGUUGACCAGAAGAGAAGAAAAAUGCCAAGAUUGCCUUGGUGUUUGUCUGCGUUGCGCUUGUGGCUUUUCGACGACAUAGCUAGCUGUAGCGCAUUUUUGUUUUCAAGAUCUUUGUUAAACGUUGAUGUGGAGUCGAGACUUUUGUAGAAGUUUCGCUGAAUGAUGGCUGGUACCAAAACUGUACAAAAAUGACUCGUUUCACUCUGAUUUGCUGCGCUGCUUUCUCUGCUAGCAGAAUGAUUUCUGUGGGCGCAGCGCAGCCUCAUCGUCAUCUGUUUUCCGCUAACCCCGCCGCUGUGCCCUCCACUUGGUCAACAUCUGCAGGUUCCGACUCCGCGGCUGAGUCAGAAAUGCGAGCCUGGACUGAUUUCUAUUGGCCGAAACCAAGCGCUGAGCCGUAUUACAGUGUGACAAUAGCUCCCUGUUCCUGGAUAGACAGGCGCCUGACGUCAUUUUCAUCAAAGCAAGACACCAGCAGUAGCCCAGGCUCGACACCCAAACACCGAAGUAAAAGUCCCACGACCAGUGCAGAAGAGCCGCAACGUCGCUCCUGGCGAACGAAGUCGCCGAAGAGCGGCACGACGAUAGCUGUGCCGAAGAGUCCAACACUGUGCGAGAGCGGCGCCCGGUGUCUGCCUUCCUCUUUCGUGCUUCCGUGCACGGGAGCUGGUUUUCAACUUCGCAUCACCCCGCUGGACGAGGAGGUGAGCAAAAACGACGUGGAGAAGAAGCGCGAUGCUUUCUGUCGGCGAAAUGUCGCGGUUGCAAAUGAGCAGACGGAUGAAGACGGCGUGGCAUCUUCGUGUCAAACAGCUUGUGCGACGAGUUCUUCGAACUAUCGAGCAGAAUGGACGACGGAGUGCGAAGAAUGCGAGCUGGACUCUGUGAAGAAGAUUCUUUCGGACGAAGAGCAUUGCAGCGAUGAGCGCCAGAGAGUACCAGCAGCGGCCCGAGAGGGAGCAUCAGCCGCAAAUUGUAGUUCUUUUCCUUUGAAUCUGCCGGCAUCUUCCCUCGCCACGGUACAACUUGAGGUGCCGCGCCCGAAGCCUCGGGACCUGUUGAUUUCCAGUGAGCGCGAGGCCAUACAGUUUGCGCAAAACCGAGUGCAAGAUCGGCUUUUGUUUCAAGAUUUUCUGCAAUUUUACGCGUUUUUUCUGCAGACCGUGCAGCUGUCUGCGUGGGAGGCGGAACAGGCGGCGCUUCUGAAGUUGCGCGACGGCAUCACCCAUUUCCCGCUGUGGAAGACCUGCUACGAUCGUGCCUGCCGAGUCGAGGAUGAUCAUAGAGUCAUGCCGUCAGCAGCAGUGCCACUGUAUCGGUCCAACUCGAAGCAGAGGGUCAAGGGACCGGGCCCCCCGCCGCGUCCGGUGUUGGCGCUCAUGUCCUCGUUCCGCUCGCGAGACGCAGAGCGAAGAGCGGACAAGUGGUAUCAACAGUCGAUAAACUGCGGAACGCUCUGUUUUGCGGAUGAUGAGCAAGAAACAGAAGAUGCGAAGGUAGGACUCGGGCGGGUAAUCAAGGCAAAAUCUGUAGCCAAAAAGAACGGCGCACGAAGUACCCGUUCAAAGACGGAGCCGAGUUUUGUGUUAUCCCCCGCGCGCUCGCAUCAAGGUUUAGCGGGGAUGAUCUCGGUUAUAGAAGACGAUAGCAGUACAAAAUCAGAGAGGACCUCCGGUAACAACGCGCGACUGCAUAGAAGAACAAGUGCACCUUCUACAUCCCCGCGACGAGACCGUGAUGGCGAAGUGUUUGAGUUCACGCGCUGGCUUUCGGAGCUUGACAGCGGGGGCAAGAAAGAGGCAAUGCAAAAAGCGCGGGCGAGAACUGAUCUCGGGCUCGGCCUCAUAGCGACCGCGCUAGACCCGCCGCGGACGCCGACAGGUGAAGUAGUGCAGAUCCGACCACGCAAGGGGGACGAACAGUAUGUCGACGAUUUGGCUCCUCCACGGCAACCGUGGUCAGCACCCACUACGCCCUCCACUGCAACGGCGGUCAGCAGUUGUGCGACAACACCCCUGCACUUUUUCUGUGACGCCGAGGCACCUUCUCACACGGCUCCCGGUCCACCGGCCCGGACCAGUCAGUUUGCGGUGGACCACCCGCAGGAGUCUUCGCCCGUGGUUCCCACUUCCACCCCUCCGGGAGGCUUUCAUCAAAAGCACGGCGUCGCUGCGUAUCGUGGUGGAAGCGAGCGUCGGUCAGGGGGGGCCACACCAGUUGUGCAGGACCAGUAUGUAGAUGAUAUUCGGUAUGGUUCUUGUAGCAGCACCGGUGCUCAUGAUGUUCCUGUACCUGCGGGAUGUCGUGAUGCUGCUGGGCAGGAUGGAAUUUCAGCACACAUCAGACCGACAACGCCGAAGUCGACAGUCGUGGACGAUUUGCUCAAAAAAUACGACGUGCCCCGCCGGCCGCGGAGCAAAUGCGGGGGUCGUACUAGCGGUCUUGAAACACCGACCUCGGACGAAUGCGAUGAUAACGAGCUAACAGAAAUUUGUAUCGGAGUUGGAAUCGGUGAAGGAACUAGUAGUGCUCUGGAUCAUGCAGAACAGAAAAAUUCCCCAUCGUCAGAGAAGUCGUCCUCCACACAGGAGAUGUACUAUCACCAACCUCAAGAUGACAACAUGCAUCGGCUACCAUCUUUCUUUCCCGCACCGGUCACGCUCGUCACGAUUCAGCAACAAAGCAUGCAGCAGGAAGGAAUGAGGGAGGUAAGGGAGGACACAGAAGUGAAAGACGUUGAUGGUGGUCCAGCAACGUCUUACAAUUUGUACUCCGGCAACGUGAAGGGUUUUCGCAGAUUGAUGGCGGCGCAGAGUAUUCUUCCAUCGUUUGACAGCCCGGAAACAGGCCUUCACCUGGAUUGA